CUCUCCGUCUCUCCCGCCCUUUCCCCCCUGUCUCUCUGUGCGCCCCCUUACGCUCCCUCCCCUCGCUCUCUCCCCUCCCCCCAUCCUCCUCCUCCCUCUGCGGCUCAGAGACAGACGCAUGAGACAGACCCAGGGAGGAAAGAGGGGCUGAGAGAGAGACAUCCUGAGAGCCCAGGGGUCAGUGGGGGGAAGAGAGACAGACAGGUAUAGGGGAAUACCGCAGAGGCCGAAACAAAAGGGAAACCUGAGAGAGACGAGGAGACAACUAGUGCAUGAGACAGUCUGCAGGGCCAGUCAGAAAGAGACAGUCUGCAGGGCCAGUCAGAAAGAGACAGUCUGCAGGGCCAGUCAGAAAGAGACAGUCUGCAGGGCCAGUCAGAAAGAGACAGUCUGCUGGGCCAGGCAGAAAGAGACAGGUGAAACAGUACAGUUAGACUGCAGGCCAGACAGAAAGAGACAGUCUGCAGGGUCAGGCAGAAAGAGACAGGUCACACAGUAGUAAGACUGCAGGGUCAGGAAGAAAGAGACAGGUCACACAGUAGUAAGACUGCAGGGUCAGGCAGAAAGAGACAGGUCACACAGUAGUAAGACUGCAGGGUCAGGCAGAAAGAGACAGGUCACACAGUAGUAAGACUGCAGGGUCAGGCAGAAAGACAGGUUACACAGUAGUAAGACAGCAGGGUCAGGCAGAAAGAGACAGGUCACACAGUAGUUAGACUGCAGGGUCAGGCAGAAAGAGACAGGUCACACAGUAGUAAGACUGCAGGGUCAGGCAGAAAGACAGGUUACACAGUAGUAAGACAGCAGGGUCAGGCAGAAAGAGACAGGUGAAACUGCAGGGCCAGGCAGAAUCUGUCUGCUUUGUUAGAGACAGCCCUUAAAUCAGGAAACAUAGACAGACAGUAAGGCCUCACAUGUAGACUGCAAGGUCAGAAAGAGACGUCCCCUGGGUUUGAGAGUACAUACAGUUAUAGAGCUAGCAAGGCAAGAAAUUAAGGUAGCUAUACUGCAAGAAAGAGACCUACGGCAGGGAGACAUCAGAGACUGGGCACAAAGGUGGUUUACUUAUUGAUAGCAUGAGUGAGAUAUCCCGAGACUGUCAUUAAACAGUGAUAGCAGUGGAUCACACAGGUGUGUGCUAGUGUUUAGUCAGUGUGACAUCUAGGGGUCAGACAGGUGUGUGAGAAGUUUGUGACAUCUAGGGUCAGACAGGUUUGUGACAUCUGGGGUCAGGUGUGAGUUCAGAUUGAUAGGUGUGACAUCAGAGCCAGACAGGUGACGUCUAGGUAAAAAGCACGUGUGACAGAUUGUCAGAGAUGGCUGCCAGCCCCUCCCCUCUGCCCCUCCUGCCAUCCUUGAGCUGCGUCCUUUGCCGUGAUGUCCCCCGAGAUCCAGUCACUUUACCCUGUGGGCACUGCCUGUGUCGGAGCUGUCUGGAGCGGACAUGGAGGGGACAGGAGACUUACCCUUCCUGCCCUAAGUGUCACCCUCCCCCUGUACAGACCCAAGAUGGGGUGCAGAGGGGACUGUGUACAGAACAUGGGGAGAAGAUACAGAUGUUUUCCACCCAAGAUGGCAGGCUGAUGUGUGCCCGCUGCACGGGGGGCAACGACCAGCAACCACCACACACCCUGCUUCCCAUACAGGAGGCGGUGGGAGGCUACAAGGAUGAGUUGAUGUCUGCAGUCGCCCCCCUGGAAUCUCGUCUGAAGGAGCUUCAGCAGAUGCAGUGUGCCCAGGAACAGAUGAUUGCUCAGCACAGGGGCAACCUGCUGAGCACCAAGCAUCAUGUCAGUAUGGAGUUUGAGAAGCUGCACCAGUUCCUGCGUGAGCGCGAGGAGCGCCUGCUGCGGGAGUUACAACAGGAGGGAGAUCUGAUCCUGGCCGAGAUGGAAGAGAGUCUGAAUAAGAUCAAGCAGAACUGUCAGGGUAUCCUGCAAACCAUUAGCAGCACCCAGCCCCGGCUGUAUGAGCAGGACUCCAUCUCCUUCCUCACCGACAUAAAAUCAUGCAUGGAUAUAUGCUAUGAAGGCUACAGAAAUGGCUUCCCAGCUCAGAAUGUGGUGGCCCCCAGGGAUUUUGGAUAUGGGGGAGUCAAGGACUUGGUUCAAUAUACAGCUUGGAAAGAUAUGAAAUCUUAUAUUAACCCAGCGCUGCCCAAUAUAAUAAUGGAUCCCAGCACAGCUCAUCUAAACCUGGUGCUGUCUGAAGAUUUAACCAGCGUUCGUUACAGUGACACCAAGCAGCCAUUGCCUGAAAAUCCUCGCAGGUUUGACUACUGCUGCUGUGUUUUGGGCACAGAGGGCUUCACGUCUGGCCGACAUUACUGGGCCGUGGAGGUCGGCAACAAGACUAAGUGGAACCUCGGCAUGGCCAAGGAAUCUGUCAAUAGGCGCGGGGGGAUCACUCUGUCCCCUGAGAAUGGCUUCUGGAUCCUGUGGUUGAGGAACGGUCAUGAGUUCAAGGCUUUGGAUGUGCCGUACCGGACUCUAACCUUAAGGAGCAAGCCUCAGAGAGUCGGAAUAUAUCUGGACUAUGAGGGGGGUCUGCUGUCAUUCUACAAUGCUGAUGACAUGUCCCACAUCUACACUUUUGUCACCUCCUUCCCCGAGACCGUAUAUCCCUACUUCUGCCCUUGCCUCAACGACUCGGGGAAGAACGGCGGGCCUUUAAAGGUCCUCCACCAUACGCCGUAACAAAAUGAUCCAUUACAGGAUUUAGAGGGGGGGGAUAUUUAAUUCCUUUCCACUUUUUUGAUAUCAUUCCUGAUGAUUUAUCUGCCAAAAUUUCCAAAUGAAUGCUAAUCAGUGACAAUCCUGGAUUAAAAGCCGUAAUAAGGGUUUUCAAUUCUACUUUUUUGUUCUAUAAAGCAUUUAUUUUAUGGGAAAAGGGGAACAUUUUUUUUUCUUUUUGUAUUUCUGAAUCUCAUCCCUACUUCAAUUUUCUUAUUUCUUGCAGUAACUUGGGGACUUUUCACCACUGAAUCCUAAUUACAUGAGGAUAAAGGGAAAGCAAGUGUUGUCAAUUAUCAUCCAAUGUGUACAAAUAUCAAUAAACAAAUUGUAAUUGGAUUAAGUGA